ACGAUUGAAAGCGAACGUGCGCUGGUGCAGUUUCGUCCUUUCUCAUUCCGGAACAGUUUGCAGCCCUGAAAGAGGCAGGAUUUGUGUUUCUGUGCGUGUAAGUGUGUCGUCUUUGAUCUUACCGGUUGUGCAUUUGGGAAGAAUUGCCCUUUAUUUUCGGCAAAUCGUACGAGUGAGCGAGCGUUUGGUGUCCCCCCCUUUAACCCGGCAUCAGCAAGACACAAAGCAAAAGAAAACGGAUAUUGCUAAAGGAAUAGGAAGCGUCUAGAGUGAGAGAGAGAGCGAGCGAGUUUUAGUUGGAUUUUGUUUUGAGCCAGCAGUAGCAGACCCCGUAAACGGCCGCAGAAUGGGAAAGGAGAAGACUCAUAUUAACAUCGUCGUCAUCGGUCACGUCGACUCCGGCAAGUCGACCACCACCGGCCAUCUGAUCUACAAGUGCGGCGGUAUCGACAAGCGUACGAUCGAGAAGUUCGAGAAGGAGGCGCAGGAAAUGGGCAAGGGCUCGUUCAAGUACGCCUGGGUGCUGGACAAGCUGAAGGCGGAGCGUGAGCGUGGUAUCACCAUCGAUAUCGCGCUGUGGAAGUUCGAAACGUCCAAGUACUACGUGACGAUCAUCGACGCCCCUGGCCAUCGCGAUUUCAUCAAGAACAUGAUCACCGGCACGUCCCAGGCGGACUGUGCCGUGCUGAUCGUUGCCGCCGGUACCGGCGAGUUCGAGGCCGGCAUCUCCAAGAACGGCCAGACCCGCGAGCACGCCCUGCUGGCCUUCACGCUCGGCGUCAAGCAGCUGAUCGUCGGCGUGAACAAGAUGGACUCGACCGAUCCGCCGUACCAUGAGGCGCGCUACGAGGAAAUCAAGAAGGAGGUGUCGUCGUACAUCAAGAAGAUCGGCUACAACCCGGCCUCGGUGGCGUUCGUGCCGAUCUCGGGCUGGCACGGCGACAACAUGCUCGAACCGUCGGACAAGAUGCCGUGGUUCAAGGGAUGGGCCGUGGAGCGCAAGGAGGGCAAGGCUGAGGGCAAGACGCUCAUCGAAGCCCUGGACAACAUUCUGCCGCCGUCGCGCCCGACCGACAAGGCGCUGCGUCUGCCGCUGCAGGACGUCUACAAAAUCGGCGGUAUCGGUACGGUACCGGUCGGUCGUGUUGAAACCGGCGUUCUCAAGCCAGGUAUGGUGGUUGUGUUCGCUCCGGUCAACAUCACCACUGAGGUAAAGUCCGUGGAGAUGCACCACGAGGCUCUGGCCGAGGCUCUGCCCGGUGACAACGUUGGCUUUAACGUGAAGAACGUGUCGGUGAAGGAGCUGCGCCGUGGCUACGUUGCCGGUGACUCCAAGGCUAGCCCACCGAAGGGUGCCUCCGACUUCACCGCUCAGGUCAUUGUGCUGAAUCAUCCGGGCCAGAUCUGCAACGGCUACACGCCGGUGCUCGAUUGCCACACCGCUCACAUUGCGUGCAAGUUUGCGGAAAUCAAGGAGAAGUGCGAUCGCCGUUCCGGCAAGGUGACCGAGGAGAACCCGAAGUCGAUCAAGUCCGGUGACGCUGCGAUCGUCAACCUGGUGCCAAGCAAGCCGCUGUGCGUCGAAAGCUUCCAGGAGUUCCCGCCGCUCGGCCGCUUCGCCGUGCGCGACAUGCGUCAGACGGUGGCCGUCGGCGUCAUCAAGUCGGUCAACUUUAAGGAGGCUUCCGGUGGUAAAGUAACGAAGGCCGCCGAAAAGGCCCAGAAGAAGAAAUAACUAGAGACACAGCAACACCCGUCACUAGUAGUAGAAGCAGAGGAAUAUGAGUAUGAGCUAGCAGUACUAACAACAACAGCAGCAGUCGCAGCAGCAGAAGCAACAACAGCGAUAAGAAAGGAUAUCCAAUUCUCUACGUUAUUAUUAGAAGAUAAUAAUUAUGAUGAUUACGAAGAUGAUGCUGAUCGCGCACGGGACGACGAGUCGGUGGUAAUGGCGUGGCUGAAGAAAAAUCAUUCACUAUUAUUAUUAUUAAAUAAUAAUCUAAGAAUUAAUAUUAAUGAUAAAUUACCACUUAACCAUGCUACUACUGAUAACACUUAUAAUUGUAAUAAUUUAAAACGCCACUCAUCGUCGUCGUCAACCAGGGGAAGUGGUGCGGCACGCCCCGCCCCGCCCUAUCCGGCUGCCGUCGGCGAUGUCGACCGGGCGGACCGGGCGGCCACGGGCACCACCGGCUGCACCUUCUCCCUCAAACCAUCGCCCUCACUGUCACUGUUUUCAUCGGUAACUAAUUUAUUUUACCACCAUCGCAAAGCAUUUCGGAGGAAAAGUGGUGGCAUCGAUGGCCGGCGCGCGAUCGCCGUAGCGUCGCCGCACGGUCAGCAAUACCGCCAGCUGCUGGUCGACACCAUCGCGACCGCCCUCGUCCUUGUGCACAGCAUCGUCUUCGUCGUCGUUGCGCCUGCAGUUAGCAGCAUGAUCGCCACCGCUACCGUAGUGUUAGUACAGCUUCGAACCAAUUCAUUGGCUUCGCUACGAUCAUGAUGAUACUCUCCGGAGAGACUAGGGCCAGAGGAUAUAUGCGCGCGACUACCAUCAGAAUACUAGAAACACAGGAAGGAAUGUGAAGGCCGGCAAGCAAGCGGCGGUUUAGCGAUUCUAUUACCAGCAAGCUGUGAAUCAAGCAUACCUGAACAUACUAAUUGCACCAGGCAAACAGACACAACAACAACAGCCCAAAAAGACAAAGAAUUAUGUAAAAGAUUUUUAAAAGCCAACCGCCGCCGCCGUCGCCAUCGCUGCCGCUGCCGCUGCUCCUUGUAGGACCGGAAUCCAGGCUUUUGAUUUGUGCAAGCGCAACAUUACUAGCUAAAUAUGGGCUUCGUUGGUCGCGGGACAACAUCGCAGUGGUUGGUGGUGAUGGUGGUGGUGCUAUAACAAGCCAAAAAAAGACGCACUCAACACAAAACCAUGAGAGCAGCAAAUUCGUCGCAAAAAUUCGAGCGAAAAAGAAACAAGAAAAGACCAUUUACGAUCCUAAAA